CCGCCAUCUCUCUCUCCUCAUCUCAACCUCAAAUUUUCACUCCAAUCUUUUUCCCCCAAUUAUUUUCCUUUUUUUUUUUCCUAAUACUUUCAUACCGCAUAAAUUUUGUUCUUUGUUAUUUUCUUGAAUCUAAUAAGGCGACAUUACUUAUCGUGAAGUGUCUGAUCCAAUCUGGCUGGUAAGAGGUUAGCAUCUCCCUUAAGCAUUUGGUUUUGGAGCUCACUAGCUGAUAAAGCUUUUUUCCACUCUGGCCGCUGUAAAACCAUCUUGUCAUUCUCGCACCUCUAAGUGGGUGUGGGGUUGUAAUGACUGGGUGAUCUCAUCAUUCUUUCUUCGUGGAUCAAGAUCAUCCUUUAUUUGGAGACUCUGUCGUGUUUUGGAGGGUCUUUUUCUUGAUUACGGCUAAUAUAGACAGCGACGUAAAUUCUACUGCCUGUCAGUUGUUGAUCAUUUGAUAAGUCUUACCUAGCUUGUUGCUUUGGGUAAUUGGGUUAUUUUUCCAAUUCUAGCUGGAUAAGGUCCAAGUCUAAACUUGCUUCUUGGUGUUGAAAUAAUGAUCUUUUGAAGCGUUGUUCCCUUGAGUAUAAUGGUCAGAUUUUCUUGCUUUUCAAAUCCCAGCCUUUACCAAAGACCAAAGAAAGUUCAAGAUUUAGGUGGUAAAAUGCAUUCUACCCUGGCAAAAAGAUCCGAAUAUCAAGAGAAAAAAGUUAAUUUUGAUUCUGCAAGUAAAAAUUCAAAUAAUAUUGUUAAUAAUGCUUCAAAUAGCAGUAUGGAGCAACCCAGCAGUCCAUCUUCUCAUGGUGAAUACUGGAAAUUAGACUAUUCUGUAGGGGAUGUCCAUACAGGUAAUAGUAAAGAAUAUCUUCAGAUGUCGGGCAUAAAGAAAAGUCGGUCCCUUGGAAGCAUCCUAGAUAAAGAGAAAGAUUCCUCUGGUGGUGAUGGCACAGAUAUUGAUGAUGAAGUACAUCAACAAUUUUCAUUUGAAUUCCCCCAUGAGAAGAGCAUGGAGAGAAUUAAUGAUUCACCUGAUGGAAACACUUCCCCUGGGUUAUACAGCCAUGAGAACUUGGGAACGAAUUUUAAUACCCAGCAUAAGGAACAUGAUUUUGUUGAACCUUUUGAUUUGGCUGCUCAUCACGUCCCUCAUGAUUCUCUCUUCUCCAUCGAGGUCAUGAAGCAAUUAGAUGACAACCAUCAUGCAGAUGUUGACGGGGAAUCAAAUGACAUCAUAGUUGACUGUGGAUGUUUGUCGUCAGAUAAUCAUUCUGUUCUUGCAAGAUCACGUUCAGCAGCUAACCUCGGACUGGAUACUGAUAAAUCAAUGGAAGAUACUGAGACUCGUAAAAUGAGGUGUCGAUCUAGAUCUGUUGAUUUACAUUCUCAUCAUGGAGAGAAGCCUGAGUUUCAUGAUGGUGAUGAAGUAGUUUCUCCUGAGUCAAAUCAUAUCAAACUCAUAUCAAAUUCUUAUAAUUUGCUACCAGAAUCUGAUGAAGAUAGGAAAGGCUCGCCAUGCCCUGUAGAUUCAGGGGAUGAACACCCUCACUCUGAUACAAGUGGUGUGUUAAUUGGAGGACAGGAGGCAUGUGGAAAAUACUGGGCUGAAAGUUUAGCUUGUGAUAAUCAAACUACUGUUAACAGUUAUCAUUCCAAUGACCAUUUUACCUCAGCGAAUGAAGGGAAAGAAACAGAAACAUAUGAUGAAAAGAUCGAGAAUCCUCAGCUAGAGUCUAUAAUCCAGAACUGUGCUGAACUGAAUUCCAAAGUGUUCCGCAUUAAGCGCAUAGAGGAGUGGAUCAGCCAAAUUGAUAUUGAAAAUGAUAAUGUAGAAGAAUCUGGUGAAAGCUUAUCUUCAUUCUCCGGUCUGGAACCUCAAGUUGAAAUCAGUAUUCCUCCGAUAAAGCCUGAUGCUAAAAGCAACUUUGGCAUGGAUGUAGCUUACAAAUUUAUCUCAUCCUUGACUGCUACCUCAUCUUCAGCACAAAUGGCCAACCUUGGAUUGGUUGCAGUUCCGUUUCUAAGCGCAUUUUCUAGCUUGAGAGUUCUUAACUUAUCAGGAAAUUUUAUAGUUCGGAUAACUGCAGGAUCUCUUCCAAGAGGACUUCACAUGCUGAAUUUGUCAAAGAAUAAUAUUGCAACCAUUGAAGGUCUUCGUGAUCUGACACGCCUCCGCAUACUGGACCUGAGUUACAACCGAAUUGUUAGAAUCGGCCAUGGUUUGGCCUCUUGUUCCUCCAUCAAAGAACUGUACCUAGCUGGUAACAAGAUAAGCGAAAUAGAAGGCCUUCAUCGUCUCCUCAAACUUCACACCCUCGACCUGCGAGGCAAUAAAAUCUCAACAACUAAAGGUCUUGGCCAGCUAGCAGCUAAUUAUGGUUCCUUGCAAGCAAUCAACGUAGAAGGAAACCCUGCGCAGAGAAAUGUGGGAAAUGAUCAACUCAAAAAGUACCUUCUCAGCCUCCUUCCAAAUCUUGUUUACUACAACAAGGUUCAUCUCGAUCUGCAUAUGCGCAACAAGAACAAGCACAAUACAUUCAACGAAGAUGAUAUCCGUGCCACAGUUUACCAUGAGGGAGGGUGGAAACUAAGGAAAGGGAAAAGAUUGAAUAUUAAAAGAAGAAAGUAUGAAGGUAAUGAAGAUUGA